AUCACCUGAAUGUUUACUUUCUGCCACAUGUUGUCUUUAGUCCACUAGGAAUUAUUGCGUUAUUUAAAGGAUUUAUGAAGUUUGUGACCUUAGGACAAUAAUGUAACUUUAGAAAAUCAUUAGAUAUAUCAAACUGAAAGACUUUCAUACUGUGAUAUGGACGAUCAAGACCUGUAUGAAAGUUUACCACCAACUAGCACCAGCGUGGAUCAUAUGGUGGCCGGUGCUGCCGCUGGUAUUCUAGAGCACAGUGUUAUGUAUCCGGUGGAUUGUGUAAAGACUCGGAUGCAAUGCCUCAUACCAGAUCCUAAAGCUGACUAUAGAAGUAUUGCUGAUGCCUUUUAUAAGAUAGUAAGAUAUGAGGGAGUACGCAACACUGUGCGAGGUGUAAGUGCUGUCAUAGGUGGCGCUGGACCUGCUCAUGCACUGUACUUUGCAUGCUAUGAAAAAAUGAAGAAAAUAAUUUCCGGUGGUCACCAAGGAAACCAUUUGGCUCACGGUACGGCAGGUUUGGUGUCAACAUUAUUACAUGAUAUGGUGAUGAAUCCUGCAGAAGUGGUAAAACAGAGAAUGCAGAUGUUUGACAGUCCGUACAAAUCAUGUUCGAACUGUAUCAAAGUUAUCUACAAGGAAGAAGGUGUCAUGGCUUUCUAUAGAAGUUUUACAACACAGUUGACUAUGAAUAUACCUUUUCAGUGUAUACAUUUUAUGACUUAUGAAGUAAUGCAAGAUAUAAUGAACAAAAAUCGUGGCUAUGAUCCAUCAUCACACAUGAUCUCGGGUGCAAUCGCUGGGGCAGCAGCUGCUGUUGUCACUAUGCCUCUGGAUGUAUGCAAGACAUUAUUGAACACUCAGGAAUGUUGUUCAAGGUCGCGAGUUUCUUACGUGAAUGGAAUGACUUCAGCAUUUAGACUGGUUUAUGAAUAUCAAGGACUGCCAGGCUAUUUCAAAGGUGUCCAGGCACGUGUGAUAUUCCAAAUGCCGGCAACAGGCAUUUCAUGGUCUGUUUAUGAACUGUUUAAGUAUUUACUAACCCAAAGACAAAACAUGGAAGACAAAUACCCUAGAGUGAAUGGACUAACCGUUAAAGCUGUUGAGAGUAGCGAAGUAUAACAAAGAAACCCUCAAUCUGACUACCAACCGCCUCGUAAUAAAACCAACUUUCUCAACUGAUUAGAAGAAGCUGCAUGUGCUAAAUACAUUAUUUUUUUUAUGUUUUUUGUUUGUUUUGGUUGACACGCAUAUUUAUGUUCAUAUUUUUUUGUCAUAUCUCAUUUCUGUCUAGAUCUUUUAUAAUUAAUAAGGUUUAAGUUAAGCAGUUAUGGCCUCUUUAAUUUUUACGUUCACUGACCUAUUUCUUUUCUAUUACUUACAUUUUUUCGGACUGCUGUAUAUCACCAACAAUCUUCUAGUUUUAUGCAAAACAGCAUUUUUUUCUUCCGUUUCUUUUAUUUACAAAAAUGAAUCAUUGAAGUCAUUGGAUAAACUUUCUUAAAUAGUCAAUUGAUUCUGCAUCAUAAUUCAUAAUUUUUUGCAAAGUUUAUUUGAUUGCAAAAAUGCAGCAUGAAAUAUUUUGCAAACCUAAAAAAAAUAUCAAUUGAAAUUUUUGUAUCAUUAUUUGUAAACAGAAUUUCCUAAAAUUAAAAUCAAUUCUUCCCCAAUUGAAUCCAUUGUCAAGCAAUAAUUAUCAUGAAUAAACAUUUCUGAAUUUAAAGUAUUCCUUAGAAAAUAUAAAAAAAAAAAAAAUGAUUAGUCGGAUUAAAACCGAUUUAAGAUAAAUUAGUACAUUUUCAUAAAUCAUUUUACCAUCAUAAAGUUGCAAGAAGAAUCCAAAACAUCUUUUAAAUUAGAUAAAUUACUCCUAUCAUUAUCAGAUAUCUAAUACCAGUUAUAGUCCCUUUAUAUAAGGGUCCUGUAAUGGUAUAGACUUCUUGUUGAUCAGAUUGAUUUUGAAUAUUUAAAUGACUUAAAUAUCUGAAUUGUCUCAGAUCAAAAACAUCAUACUACAUGGCUUACAUUAUCUGGUCUCAGCAUUUUCUUCAUUCAUACUUAGAUGAUCUAUCUUGUUUUUAAUGAAACCCUAAAAUGUUUACUUUUUAGAUUAAUUCAUGUCAUUAAUAUUUACUCUGAGUAGGUGUCUGUAUAAAUAUAAUUCUUGUAUUUAGGUUUCUUAUUCAUAGUAGCAACAAUAAAGUAGACACUUGUGGAUUCAGUUAAAAUAUUCUCGCUUGUGUAAAUUAAAACACAGUGAUUUGUGGUGAUAAAAUUCAGAUUUAUGUCCUUGUCAUAAAAUAACUCUAUUCACAGAGAGAAAUUUCACCCAAAAUCCCCAGCAUUCAACAGCAACAGUGAUAUUUAACUGAAUCACAAUGUGCUGUGCACUGUGUGAACUAUGUUAGCUGUUCAUGCUUUUACAUGUUAUUACGUCUUUUUGGAUGGUAGUCAUCUUGUGAUUCUAUACAUGAAGUGUAUUUGUUUCAUUCCAUUGAAAUCAUAUCUAUGCAAUUUAAAAUGGUUGAUUUGUGUAUUGAUUAUAAUUUUCUAUAAAUUAAUUAAAUGGCUUGAUGUUCUCACACAAUUCAAAAUAUUUCAUAAUCCAUGAUAGGAGGAGGUAUGAAAAAAAUAUUAUUUAGUCUCUGUUGUCCAAAAAAAUGAAUUCUUUUUAAAAUCUUUCAUAAAAAUUGAGGCUUUGAUUAAGGUAUGGAUGAUAUAAAACUUAUUCUGAUUAUUUUAGUGCAUGAAUGUAAUUUCUGGCACUCUGCUGUAAUUUAAAUAUUGUUAUGACAUAACUGACAUAUUGGACCCCCCAACAAAGGCAAUUUUACUAAAUUUCGCGGCAAAAUUUAAUAAAAGCAAUGAUAGUUAUGUGCAAGAAAAUGUUUUACUCACAUUAACAACUUUGUUUAGGUCAUCUUUUGUCAAAAAAACCUCACACAAUUUCUUUGCGCUUUGUGUUUUCUUUUUCAUUGUUUUUAUGCGUUGCAGUUGAAGACUCAAAAUUAUCAAAACAAGCAUGUUAGAAAAAUUUAGAUUAAAGAGACCAAAUUUUUUUUAUACAUAUCUUCUCCUUUUCAUUCUCACUUUUUGCCAUGCUUCUUGUUAUUUAAAAAGAUAUGUUUAGACCAGUUAUUUUGUGGAAGGAUGUUGAUCGAUGUACAUGAAGAUUUAAGUAAACUGAAAGUACACGGUUUUUCCCUUCUAAUUGUAUUUUCUAUUUUAGGAUUUUUUUUCAACAUGUUCAAGAGAGCCAACUUGUCUGGUUUUCAAGAAUGGUUUUGAAAGGUUAAAAUCAUUUUAUCCUUAAAAUGAAAGUAAAUUUCUAAUAUGUUUCAGGCUAUCUUUGAACUAAUAUCUUUUGUGUUGAUGAAGGCUUCUGCAGGUGUUUAGUUUUCAAAGAUACAAAUUAAAAAAAAGUCUGAAAAUUAUAUCUUAAUUUGAGAAUGCUUAUUAAUUUCCAGUACAUGUUGUACUAGGUUUUAAAAAUAUCAGGGUUAAAAUGAUUGACAGUCUGAUAAACUAUUUGAUGCAGAUAAAACAGAGUUUCAUUUAGGUCCAAACUGGGAGGAGGGAGAACAACUUUAAACAUUUAAACACUUAUCAUUUUUUUUAAGAAUUUUUUUUUUGGUUGAGAUAUCCUUUUUAUCUGUUAUAUAUUAUGUGCUCGUUUAUUUUCAAUAAGAGGUUGGUUGUGUCAAAUUGAGGAGAUUUACACAACUUUUUUUUUUAAUAUAUAUUUAUUAUGAUAAUUUUGUAUGUUUGAAACUGUGGUUUGAGUGUUACUAAGCUUAACUUCAGUUUGUGUGGGUCAUUAUGAAUGCUACACAUGUGUACAUACUUUCUGUAUGGGACAUAAAUAUUGCUGUACAUAAUGUGUGAGUCAUCUAAAGUGCUACACGUAUCUGUAAAUAUUGUGUUUUGAUUUUAUGUGAGACAUGAAAAAUGUUUCACAUUUGUAAAUAGUCGUGAACAGUGAGCCCAAAGGUGUGAUGUAUUAUUUAAAAUACUACAUCUUGGGUUAAUCUUUACUUUAUUUUUUUCCUUUCAUAUUACAACUCUUAAUUUUUUUAAGUUUUUUUUAAUUUGAUGAAUAUUAGGAAGACUUCAGAUAUACUGAGGUAUUUUUUUUUAUUGGUUGUUAUUUUGAAUAAAAUAUAAAAGUUAAUUUAAAAUUUUCAAAUAAUUUUUAUGUUAUCAAAUAUAUAUCUUAAAAUUAAACAGACAUGAAGUUCAAAACAUUUCAAUAUCUGAUAUGUAAUCGAGAAAUAUUUGUGUUGAAAAAUGAAAUCUGUGCCUUUCUAUGGGUAGGGAGAAUUCAUGUACAAGUAGUAUUCCUACUAAAACUGUACAUUAAAUUAUUAAGUGGUGCAUAAUUGUGUAUAAAAUAUAACAUCUUCAGACGAAAGCAUUGUAUUAGAAAAAGACAAAAUUUUCAUUUGUAAUAUCAAUUGAAGACUUUAUUUCUGAGUCCAUUCUAACAGUAAAUUAAACUUAGUACAUUGUAUUUAGAUCCUCCUUUUGUCUAGGACAUACUUAAGAAACAUUUUUUUCUCUCUCCGUUUUAUAUUCAAACCUAAUGGAAUUUAUAUCAUCUAAGUGUUGUUAUAAUAGAGGAUUUUAUUAAAUGUAAAGAUUGAGUUCUGAAUCAAUUUUUUUUUAUUGUUUCUUACUUCAAAAAACAAGGUACUCAUUUCCAUUAAAUUUUUGAUAAUGAUAACCAAACUUAUUAUUUGUUUAAUAUAAUUUUUUUGAUACAGUGCUUUCAUUCCUAUGUCAAACCUUGAAUGUGUUAAAUAUGUGAUAUUUAAGUUGUCAUGUAAAAUACUCAGAUUUCAUACAGACAUUGUACUGAUUUAUGUUAUUCUAAUACGACGUAAGGAAGUAACUAACACUACAGGGAGAUAACUCUGUAAAUAUUUUGUAAGAAAUUUAUGAAAAUUAAACAAGUCAAAUUAAUUUUAGUCAAGGUGUUGGGUGCUACCUUAAUAGUUCAUUAUAUUUACAACAGUCAAGAAAAAUGUUUUUAAAAACAAAUAAGGAUAAGCCAAUUGGUUGUCUUAAAAUUUCUACCAGUGAAUAUAAAUUAUGGUGAAGUAGUUAUCAUUCAUUUAGCAGUCACUAUUGGGACACUGACCAUUGAAUAUAAUGUCAUGUGCAUUUUUAAAUGUAUAUUUCAUGUAUAAUUCUCAUUAAAUGAGUUUCAUACUUAUUAUAAAGGCGAAGACUCAAAAGCAAAAUAUGUAUGACCAUCAUGCCUAAGAUCUAAUUUUAUGUUUUUAGGAUGAUUUCUUUGCCAUGAAAACUUUUUACCGAUUUUUCAGUUGGUGUUACUGCUACAUUAUAACAAUAAGACAGAAUUGAUUGCAAUCAUGUUACUGAUAAGUAGUCCGUUUUUUCUAUCACAGAUUAGAAAUAGUCAACUUCUCUGAGAAACUUUAUUUAUAAUACAGCAAACAUUGUAGACAAGAUAUUUUGAUCUUGUGGCAAUCAAAUGUUUAUGGUAAUUUUAAUCCAGGAAAUUUUAACCAGUUGCAAAAAAGUUUCUAGAGGA